GAGAUUCGCAUUAUUUGUAUCUUAUUGUUACCUAUUUCAUCUCGGUGUCUUGAUCGGGAUACCUAGUAGGUAAUCAAUCAAUCUUACGACAUAAGUGAUUCCAGGUCCAGAGCUCCUUUGAUAGGGCUAGGUUAUUAUUAUUUGUAUUAACCGCAUGUAUAUAUAUGGCACUAUUGUCUGCAGUCAUCUUUACGAUCCUUUUUUAUAUCUGCGCCACGCUGUUCAGAUAAAUUAAGCUUUUUCGAGACUAUUCCCACUUCUUGGGGUUGUUCUUUUGAUUGUUUGAUUUUAUCAAUAUUAUCUUCCUCUUCUUUUUUUUUUGGUUAUAGCUUGAUUUAGAAUGAGGAUUCAAAGCUGGUUAUGGCCGUUACUUGGCUGCAGUGGUGCUAGUGCUCUAACGGUGGAUACUUCACAAACUGGUAUGUUUGAGAUCGUUAUUGCUGUAUGAGGAUAAUAAAUUUAACCAAUCUUUCAGAUUCAAUAAAGAGUGCUGCCAGUUUGGUGGCUGCAAAUUUGAUAUCAUAUUAUCAUGGAAAUGAAUCAGUACGUAUACGUCUUCACAUUCUUCAAUAAAUUCUCUCCUAAUCUCCUAUAGGGUCAAACCCCAGGACUUUUACCUCCUCCUUACUUUUGGUGGGAAGGUGGUGGCAUGUUCAUGACUUUAAUAGAUUAUUGGCGCUAUACCGGAGAUACCUCAUAUAACAGCAUUGUCUCUGAAGCUCUUCUUUUUCAAGCCGGUCCAAUGGCUGAUUAUAUGCCUCAAAAUCAAACCAAAGAUGAAGGAAAUGAUGAUCAAGGUUUUUGGGGUAUGGCAGCCAUGUUAGCUGCAGAAACAAAUUUUCACAAUCCUCCUGCGGAUCAACCACAAUGGCUCGCGUUAGCCCAAGCUGUCUUUAACGAAAUGGCUAGUCGUUGGGAUACUAGUACUUGUGGAGGUGGUUUAAGAUGGCAGAUUUUUCCUUUCAAUAAUGGUUAUACGUAUAAGAAUUCUAUUGCGAAUGGAUGUUUCUUUAAUCUAGGGGCUAGAUUGGCUAGAUAUACGGGAAAUCAAACGUAUGCGGAUUGGGCCGAGAAGAUUUGGCAGUGGGAACAGAGUGUAGGGUUGAUUGAUGGUAAGUAUAAUAUUUUUGAUGGGAGUAGUGAUGUGGAUAAUUGUGCGAGUGUGGAUCACUUGCAGUGGAGUUAUAAUGCGGGGAUUUACUUGCAUGGAGCGGCGAAUAUGUUUAAUUAUGUAUGUACUCUCCUUUUUCUCUCCUUUGCACUUUGGAAGAUUAAACGAGAAUCCUCGUUUAGUUUAGCUUUUCACCCUCAAAGCAAAGAAGAAGAAAGUAAAACUAACCCGAUGCUUCCUCCUCCUGAUUAGACCGAUGGCAAUUCAACCUGGCAACAACGCACAAACCAACUCAUGAAUACCUCAAUCAACAUUUUCGCCUCCACCAAAACAAACUCCAUCAUCACGGAACAAGCAUGCGAAAAAGCAAACACAUGCGAUACCGAUCAAUUAUCCUUCAAAGCCUACUUUGUCGCCUGGCUAGCCUCUACUUCUAUCCUCGCCCCUUUUACUUCUAAAACUCUCCUCCCACUCCUUCAAAUCAGCGCUGAAGCAGCAGGUUCUCAAUGUUCUGGUCCUAAUAAUGCAUGUGGAUUUAAAUGGACGGAUGAGAUAUAUGAUGGGAAUACGGGAAUAGGUCAGCAGAUGAGUGCUUUGAGUGCGAUAAUGAGUUCUGUGGUUGCGGUCCCCGGAGUGGAUAGUGUUGGGUUUGUGCCCGUUACUAAUGGGACGGGGGGGACGAGUGUGGGGAAUAAUAAUGCGGGGAGUGGGAAUGCGGAUGGGAUGGGUGGGGGACUGGGAGUGGAAGUGCGGGGAGAAGCAGAGUUUGCUGGUUACGAGGGGGAUAGAGUAGGUGCAGGGUUUGCGACGUUGGCGGUUUUGUUGAGUUUGUUUGGGGGCGCCGGGUUUAUGGUUUUGGAGAAGUAGGGGAGCCUGGAUGAAGUAUGGGCGGUGAUGCUGGAGUUUAGGGUUUGGGAUUUGGGAUUUAGGGUUUGGAGUUUGGGACUUAGGGUGGGUAGGGCGCUCGAGGGAUGUUUGGGGAUUAAGAAUGAAUUCUUUAAGGGGUUUGAACUGAGGUCUUUUCUCUCAUAAGACUUAUUUUAUCUUUUGAUUUAAAACAGGGUAAAUUUAUAUAUAAUAUAUAUAUACAAAAGCAUUUUAACUUUUCAAAAUCAAAUAAAAGACUAAAUUAAUAUAAUAUUAAACU